GGUACAUGCCCAUGGCGGUCAUGUGACCGGGACGUCAUCAAGGUCCUUGUGGUGAGCAGCCAGUACAGAGCGGGGCGCCGGGGACAGCUGUAGAGUGUGAAGUUCUGUCAGUAGAAGAAAUAUGCUGCUGAAUCCAGUUAUUUCAAAGCUGGCAGGGAAGAGGGUGGUGCUGGCUAGCGCUUCUCCUCGGAGACAAGAUAUACUUUCCAAUGUGGGCCUUCGUUUUGAAGUAGUUCCAUCUUGGUUCAAAGAGACUCUUGACAAGUCCCUGUUCUCUGCACCAUAUGAAUAUGCUGUUGAAACUGCUAAACAAAAGGCUCUGGAAGUCGCCUCAAGAAUGCAUGUGAAGCACCUUAAAACCCCUGAUAUAGUCAUUGGAGCAGACACAAUAGUGACCCUGGAAGACGCAAUCCUUGAAAAGCCUUUUGACAAGCAAGAUGCUUAUAAUAUGCUAUCAAGGUUGAGUGGUAAAGAACACAGUGUUUUUACAGGAGUUGCAAUAGUGCAUUGCAGAAGUCAAGAAGAUAACCACUUGGAAACGGAUAUUAUUGAUUUUUAUGAAGAAACUAAGGUUAAGUUUGCAGACCUGUCAGAGGAUCUCCUGUGGGAAUAUAUUGACAGUGGAGAACCAAUGGACAAAGCUGGUGGCUAUGGUAUACAGUCUCUUGGAGGAAUGCUAGUAGAAAGUGUGCAUGGUGACUUCUUAAAUGUAGUAGGAUUUCCCUUGAAUCACUUUUGCAAAAAAUUGGCUGAGAUAUAUUACCCGCCACCCAAACAGUCCAUACACAGAGAGAAGCAUGACUCCAUUCCAUAUGUUGAGAGUUUUGAGAAUCUCAGUGAUGUCGAAAAAGACUGCCCUUCUCCCAGCAAGACCUGCGAAGCAAAGAAAGGCUAUCAAGAUCGUGUUUUUAAAGCAGCUGGCAGUUCUGGAUCUUCCCUGCCCUAUACUCCAGGACUUCAGAAUGGCGUUGAAGAAAGUCCUAAACACUGUGCUCAGAAACUGUCAAAAAUAUCUGACCUCAUUGAUGGUUUCAAGGCAUCGAAGACAUUGUUUGCAGCAUCUAAACUGAAGGUCUUUGAUAAGUUGAAAGAUAAAGGUGCGCUGAAGGCCAUGGAAAUUGCGGAUAAGAUUAAUGCUUCUGUACAUGGAACUGAAAGGCUUCUUGAUGCUUGUGUUGCCCUUGGCCUGCUAGAGAAAACUCAUCAAGUCUACAGCAACACUGAAUUGGCCAAUACAUAUCUGGUCUCCGAUGCUGCGUAUUCAAUCCACGAAUAUAUUAUGUACGCCAAUGACCACUUAUGGUUCCAUUUUACACAUCUGGAUUCCGCUGUCGUAGAAGGAAGAGGCCAACAUCAAACUGCCAUUAAGAAAACAUGUGAUGGUGUACACGGACCUGAAGUCAAGAAGCGUCGCAUGAGGGCAAUGCAUUGUACUCUUAAAAUCACUGCAAGAGAUAUAGUCACAGCGUUUGACCUUUCUAAGUACAGCUUCGCUUGUGAUUUAGGAGGUGGCACUGGUGUCCUCGCUCAUGAACUAGUCUGGACAUACCCAGAAAUGAAAGUUGAAGUAUUUGAUCUUCCGGAAGUUAUUAACCUUACUUCACAGUUCCAGCCUGAGGGAUUUGAUUCCAGCCAUGUGACAUUAACUUCAGGUAACUUUAUGGAAGACAUAUUACCUAAGGCUGACCUAUACAUCCUCUCAAGAGUAUUGCAUGAUUUGCCUGAGGGACCGUUAAACCACCUUUUAAAGAAGGUCUCUGAAGCUUGCCAUCCAGGUAGGAGUGCAUUGCUUAUUGCAGAAAUUGUCCUUGAUGAAGAUAAAAAGGAACCUAGAGGACUUCUGCAGUCUCUUAGUAUGAGUGAAGGAAAACAAAGAAGUGGCACAGAAUACAAGAAGCUUCUAGAAAAUAAUGGUUUUAAUAGUGUACAAAUCAAGAACACUGGGAAUUUACUAGAUGCAAUUUUAGCUGUAAAAAGAUAAAUAGCAUUUAUAUUAGCUAUGAGUAACAGUUGACUUUUUAUACUGGUGGAAGACAUGCAGUGGAGAAUUGUCAAAUUUGGUAUGUCACGUAACUAGAACAUUUGUACUGGUCUUCUACAUGUAUUUUUUUCACUCUGUGCGCAUUGAAAAAAUAAAUUGUCUUAAAGCUU